AAUGUAAGAGUUGUUUUACUGGUCUCCUGUACUGCAGGUCUUGCCAAUGGUCCUGAAGCAAUGGAAGUAGAUGGUCUCCAGGAAGUCCCCCUCUGUAGCUGUCGAAUGGAAACCCCCAAAAGCAGAGAGAUCACCACGCUAGCCAACAACCAGUGCAUGGCCACGGAGAGCGUGGAUAAUGAGGGCACUUUCAUGGAGUGUCAGCCGGAGAGCAGCAUCUCCCACCGUUUCCACAAGAAUUGUGCCUCCCAGGUCAACGACAUGAGCUACUGCCCACACUGCGGGGAAGACGCCUCCAAGGCAAAGGAGGUGACAAUAGCAAAAGCCGACACAACCUCCACGGUGUCGCUGACCUACGAGCAGCAGAAACCAGCAGCUGUGGAGGGAAGGGCUGACACCACGACAGGGAGUGGCACUGGGACCCGGUUAUCAGAGGAAGACAAGCCAGAAAGUUCGGCUCCUGAGGGGUUUGACAUGGCUGGGUCUUCAGUUUUUCCAAAGCCUACUACCAGCCUGACCCAGGGACCAGUUAAAGAAACUCUGGAAAGUGCCCUAAUUGCCCUGGACUCCGAAAAACCCAAGAAGUUACGGUUCCAUCCAAAGCAGUUGUACUUCUCUGCGAGGCAAGGAGAGCUGCAGAAAGUCCUGCUGAUGCUGGUGGAUGGAAUUGACCCUAAUUUUAAAAUGGAGCAUCAGAGUAAGAGAACCCCUCUCCAUGCUGCCGCCGAGUCUGGCCACGUGGACAUCUGCCAUAUGCUGAUUCAGGCUGGUGCUAAUAUAGACACCUGCUCUGAAGAUCAGAGGACCCCACUGAUGGAAGCAGCAGAGAACAACCAUCUGGAAACUGUGAAAUACCUUAUCAAGGCUGGAGCACUAGUAGAUCCUAAGGAUGCGGAGGGCUCCACGUGUCUACACUUGGCUGCCAAGAAGGGGCACUACGACGUCGUCCAGUACCUCCUCUCCAACGGGAAGAUGGAUGUCAAUUGCCAGGACGACGGAGGCUGGACGCCGAUGAUCUGGGCCACCGAGUACAAGCACAUUGAGCUGGUGAAGCUGCUGCUUGUGAAGGGGUCUGACAUCAAUAUCCGUGACAAUGAGGAAAAUAUUUGUUUGCACUGGGCUGCUUUUUCUGGCUGUGUUGACAUAGCGGAGAUCCUGCUGGCUGCUAAGUGUGAUUUACAUGCGGUGAAUAUUCACGGAGACUCGCCCCUGCAUAUUGCAGCCAGAGAGAACCGCUACGAAUGUGUCGUUCUCUUUCUUUCCCGUGGCUCGGAUGUCACUUUAAAGAACAAGGAGGGUGAGACUCCGCUCCAGUGCUCCAGCCUUAACUCUCAGGUCUGGGUGGCCCUACAGAUGAACAAGACUCUCAGAGAAUCAUCCACUGAAAAGCCUGCCCAGAUAGAGAAGGUGGUGAGCAGAGACAUCGCCCGCGGUUAUGAGCGGAUCCCCAUUCCCUGCAUCAAUUCUGUGGACAGCGAGCCUUGUCCUAGCAACUACAAAUACGUUUCACAGAACUGUGUCACCUCCCCAAUGGACAUUGACAGAAACAUCACCCAUUUACAGUAUUGUGUAUGUAUAGACGACUGCUCCUCCAGUAACUGCAUGUGUGGCCAACUCAGUAUGCGCUGCUGGUAUGACAAGGACGGCCGACUCCUGCCAGAAUUCAACAUGGCUGAGCCGCCGCUGAUCUUUGAGUGUAACCACGCGUGCUCGUGCUGGCGGACCUGCAGGAACCGGGUGGUGCAGAAUGGGCUCAGGACUCGAUUGCAGCUUUAUCGGACAGAAAAGAUGGGCUGGGGUGUGCGAACAAUGCAAGACAUUCCACCGGGAACCUUUGUGUGCGAGUACGUUGGUGAGCUGAUAUCCGAUUCCGAGGCUGAUGUCCGUGAAGAGGACUCCUAUCUCUUCGACCUUGACAACAAGGAAGGAGAGGUGUACUGCAUAGAUGCCCGUUUCUAUGGCAACAUCAGCCGCUUCAUAAACCACCUCUGCGAGCCAAACCUCAUCCCGGUGCGAGUCUUCAUGUCGCAUCAGGACCUUCGCUUCCCCAGGAUUGCCUUCUUCAGCACGAGGCAUAUAGAAGCUGGAGAAGAAAUCGGCUUUGACUAUGGUGACAGGUUCUGGGACAUCAAAGGCAAAUACUUCAGCUGUCAGUGCGGUUCACCCAAGUGCAAACACUCGAGCUCAGCGCUGGCCCAGCGGCAGGCGAGCACCUUGUCCCAGGACACGCAGGAAAACGGGCUCCCGGACACCAGCUCUGCCACGGCAGCCGGCCCCUUUUGAGGCUCCGCUCCCCAGAAAAUGACUUGUUUUAACCCUAUAGAUUCACAUACUGUC